CAAGAAAGCCUAUGAUGAUCAUAGUAACCUCUGAGUAGGAGGAGGAUCCUGCUGGCUGAGUAAUUAGUUCUGCACAGCAAGGGGUGAGCAGUUAGUUUUCUGUUAGGAUCAGUGUUCACUGCAUCCAAACUGGUUUGAGGCACCGGCUGCUGCGAGACAAGUCCCCAGGAAAGCACAACAAACAUUGGAUGCAUUCUGAAUUAUUAGCUGUGGUCAUUUUGCCUCCUGGCUGAAAUCAGGGUGGGGUUUCCGGCACAGGACUGCUUGCUGAGAAUCACCAUGACACUGCUGGGGUCUGAGCAUUCUUUGUUGAUUCGGAGCAAGUUCAGAUCAGUUUUACAGUUACGACUUCAGCAAAGAAGGACCCAAGAACAACUGGCUAAUCAAGACAUAAUGUUGUCAUUGCAAAAUCAAACUAUAUUCCAAGAGCAAAGAAAGAACUUUGAUAAGACUGAAGACUAUUUAAAGCACAAGAUCAGAAAGAGACCUGAAGGGACCAACUUAAUCAACAUGCACAUUUUACAAGACACAACUGCAGAGGAAUCCAUUACAGCUCCUCAGAUGAAGCUUAAAAGAGCCCGACUUGCAGAUGAUCUGACUGAAAAUAUUGCUCUCAGACCAGGUCUCCUGGAGCUGGUGGAGAAGAAUAGAAUUCCUGUUGAUUCAACUAUGAAAGAGUCCAUGAAAGGUAAUCAUGUAGGCAUCUCCAAAUCAACAGAUGUUUUUGCCUUUGAUGAGGACAGCAGCAAUGAUGAACUCUCUCCAGAACAGACACGAAGUGAAGACUCACAGGGUUCUAAUAGUUUCCCACCUGACACAAAAGCCACACAGGCCUCUUCAUCUGCCCCAUCAGAAACAACUCAGGAUCAUACUUCUGGCUCUGAAAAUGAUAGAAAUGAACCAGUAUCACACUUCAUCAAUCAAUCAGACAACAUGAAGCAGGUGAAUGGCCCAUUGAGCCCACCCAUCCCUCUGCCUGCUGUGGUAAAGUCUAAGUCCUUUAGCGACAGCAAGAACCGCCACAAAAAGCCAAAGGACACCAAACCAAAGGUGAAGAAGCUAAAAUAUCACCAAUACAUUCCACCUGACCAAAAGGCAGAAAAGUCUCCUCCUCCCAUGGACUCUGCCUAUGCUAGGCUUCUGCAGCAGCAGCAACUUUUCCUACAACUACAAAUCCUCAGCCAACAACAACAGCAGCAAAGAUUUAGCUACCCAGGGCAUCAUCAAGCACAGCUAAAGGAACCCAAUGAAGAAUUGAUCAAAAAUCCAAACUCAUCAGUUUCCAUAAGCAAUAAUCCUCUGUCUCCUGCCAAACCUACUUUUUCUGGACAAACUGGCAUUUCUUCUCUCAAGCUGGGUCCUCUUCCAUCAAAUCUGGAUGAUCUGAAGGUCUCCGAAUUGAGACAACAACUUCGAAUAAGGGGCCUACCUGUAUCAGGCACCAAAACAGCCCUCAUGAAUCGUCUUCGACCCUUCCAGGACUGCCCUGAGAACACAGGGCCAAAUUUUAGUGAUAUAACUACUAUCACUUUUCCUGUCAACCCAGCCAAUACUCUAACCAGUUAUCAGUCCUCUUCCACUAGUGUCUUACCCAGUGGUUUCUAUCACUUUGGCAGCACCAGUUCCACACCACCCAUUUCCCCAGCUUCAUCUGAUGUCUCAGUCAAUGGCUCUCUACCAGAUACAUUCAAUGACACUUCACCAUCAUUUGUUCUUCAGCCCUCUCCUAUCCAUAUUUGUGCAGAGGAGAGCCUAAUGAGCAGCCUCAAUGGGGGAUGCAUCCAAUCUGAUUUAGAUGGAAUUGAUUCUGAGAAGGAUAAGAUGUUAGUAGAGAAGCAAAAGGUGAUUAAUGAACUUACCAUGAAGCUACAGCAAGAGCAAAGACAAGUGGAAGAGCUGAGGAUGGAACUUCAGAAGCAGAAGAGGAAUAACUAUACAGAGAAAAAACAGCCACAAACAAAUUUCUUUGGUAUUCACAUCAAGAAGGAAGAUACUGUAUGCAGUUGCCCUUUUCCAUCAAAACAAACAUCUGUGAAAAUACAGACUAAUAAUUCAGAGAAACAGCUAAGUACUCGAGAACCUGCCCAGCUCCUUCCCCCUCUAAACAGUCAUUCUGUAGAGUCCAUAGGACAGACCAAAGUACUUUCUUCCACAUUUCUUAGCCCUCAGAAUUCUCCCCAACAUUCCCCAGUUGGAGCUGUAAAAAGUCCACAAUGUAUCAGUCGCCCCCCAUCACCCAACAACCAUUACCACCUUUCUUCAUCUUCUAGCUCCCAAGGAGAGAAGCACAGUGGCCUCUCACAAAACAGCAGCCAAAUGUGCUCAAUUCAGAGCUCAGGAAUACAAGAUGGCAGUACUUCAGGCUUCUCUCCUGAGUCAUCCAAACUCCGUAUUCCCUUCCUUGGUACCCAACCAGACAGUAGGCAGGUUACCAGAGUCAAUGCUUCUUCCAAAAGCCCUGAUACAAAACACAAGCAAAUGAUUCAAAGUCAACAGAUGGAUGAACUCCUUGAUGUCCUCAUUGAAAGUGGAGAAAUGCCAGCAAAUGUCAAAGAAGAUCAUUCAUGUUUUCAAAAAGCACAAAAGAUAACUGGAUCUUCUCAAAGUCUUCUCCAUAAAUCCUCUAGCCCAUUUGAGCAUAUCUCUUCAGCAUCCCAGCUCUCUUUUGAUCACUGCACAACUAAUAGUGACAAUCACUUUGAAGUCUUAUUGAAUUCUCACAGUCCUUUGGGCAAGGUCAGCGAUGUCACACUUCUAAAAAUUGGAAUUGAGGAAUCUCAGUUUGAAGGGAUUAUGGAUAGAUUAUCUGACAAAGCAACAGACGAACUUUUAGGUUCUCAUGAGAUCUUGCCAGCUCCUCUCUCCCCCAUACAACCUCAACUUUCACCUUCUUCCAUAGAUGGAACAGGUUUGCAGAUGAGCUUAACAGAAUCUCCCUGGGAAACUAUGGAGUGGCUAGACCUUACCCCACCAAGUUCUACAACAGACUUCAGUUCCCUCACUGCCACAGGCCCAAGCAUCUUCAACAGUGAUUUUUUGGAUAUUACUGAUCUCAGUUUGAACAGUACCAUGGACCUUCAUUUACAACAAUGGUAAAAUACCAAAUAUGCAAUACUAAGUAUGAGAAGGAACGCAUUGAAGGAGGAUGAAAAUACCUAAUCACAGAUGCCUUUAUUAUUAAUAGAAGAGAUAAAGUAAAAAAGAAGCAAUAUAGGCUUUAGAUCCAGCCAAUAAGAAGAAAAUGGGCUCUUUAUUAUAUAAAAUUUACCAACUGCUUGCUUCUGAAUAUGAUUCAAACUGUAACUUUCGUAAUUAGCUUUUUUAGACUACAGGUGCCAAGAAUGUCUUUCAGUGCCUCUAAAAACAUGGAUUUAAAAAAAAAACCAGGAUUUUUCUCAGGCAUUGUUUGGGUCUUGUCUCAUCUUAAAAUGAAACCCAUUCACAUAACUGGACAACUCAGCACAUACUAUAGAAGGGAAAAAAGAUUUGCUUUAAGACCAAAGAGAAUCAUAAAAGCCUACUUCAAACCUAGCGAAAUGGAAUGUCUUCCUAUCAUAGACUACUUACUCAUUUUCCAGGGAUGAUACUGCCUAUCCUUGGGGGGAAAUGCUAAUUUCCUUGGGGAAAUCCUUGGAUAGCUUUUGAGCCAUCAGUGGAAAAGGACAAAAUCCAUUUAAUUCUAGGGAAGCUAGGUGAGCUCAGCAGCUUUCAGCAAUAAUGCUUUUCCAGGGACUGGUUUCAAUCAGGAGCAUAGGCUUUUUUUUUUUUGGUACUUGAUAACAGCUGACACAUCGAAGGGACCCAGAUCAACACUGGGGGUUUGUUAAGGUGAAGAAGGUCCAGUUUCUGCUCUCUAUAAAGGAAGGCAUUGGGAGGAGUUUGAUACUUCACCCUUCAGAUCUCCAAUCAGAGAGAAGAGGCUGAGGAAUGUGGUGUCAAUCAAGGCUUGAGUCAGCAGAAUGAUGAUGAGAUAAGAGGUGAUGAGCUUAACCUUGGAAAGGUAUCAGCAGAACAGCAAUUAGAAGAAGCUAAAAAGGCCAUUAUUUCAAUUCCUACUCCUGUAGGAAACUAUUUAGUGUCAUACUUUUUAAGGGUAAGAUUCUGUAGGUUACUCUGUGGCCUUCUGAUGGUGACAUUAGCAUGGGUCUUUAUUAUUCAUGAAGUUCAAAUUUCAUUCAUAGCUUUGGGGAGAGGGUGGGUGUGAUCCACCCUAAUUCAAAUUUUCUCUCUUCACUUUCCCUGCAACUUACCCAUCUCUUUUUACUGUUCUCCUAAUCCUUUUUCUUUCUGUGCCUUCUCCAUUUUUUUACUCUCAAGCCUUACUUGAGUGAAAAAGCAUAAGUGGUAAGGUCUAACAUAGCAACAAAAUUUUCUGAUAAUGCUACUCAUUCUGAUAAUGCACUCAGAUCCAUAGGAUAAUGGCUCCUCCAGAUAAUUCACUGUCACAAAAUCUUCUUUGAAAAAAAAUUUUUGUGAAAUGUUUCAUAAGCCUCUCAGGUAACAGGUCAUUAUAUUCCCAUUUGUUUACUAAAAAGCCAUUCAACCAUCUGAUGUUUUAUAAAGAUCCACUUUGGAAAACUGGUUGCUAUCAUGUAAAUGGUAAAUAUAGGUUUAAAAAAGAUAUUUAUGUAAUAGAGGAUAGUUUGUGAAACUAAAGAAACUGAAAGAAAACACAGUUGCACAUUGUAGAAAAGGGGGUGCGGCCAGGGGGAUGGUAGAGACAACAGAGAGUAGUCUGUUUUCAUUCCCCAUGAACUUUUGUAUUUGGGCUAGGAGCUGACAAGAAUGCUGUAGAACAUUUUCUUCAGAUCUCACUAUUAACUCCCAAUCAGUUCUAUAUUGCUUUGGAAGAUAUAGAAAAUAGCUAUAGGUUUGUUUUUAAUCACAAAUACACUAUUUCCUUCUAUUUUUACAAAUAUUGUUCACUGUGCACUCCUAAGAUAGAAAAAAAAAUUAAUUGCCAUUUUCAUGAUGUUUAGGAUUUCUCUUGGAAAGUCAAAGAUUGACCAUUCCAGUGUCAUCUGUAAAAAGUGUUUAAACAAUAAUUUUGGUGACUACCACCAUUGUUCAAGCUUCCAGGCUCUUAUUCUGAGGGGAAAAUGUUUUUUCUGGCCUCCAGAGGAGUAUUUUUAACCAUCCAUGAAUAACUGCUUAGCUGCUAUGAAAUGAUGCCUGGAUAUAUCCUACAGGAACUUUCCGAUUAAACUACAAGACUACAGUGAAGUAACUCUUCAUUCUCAUCUAAGUGCCUUAACAUAACACCUGGCUUACCAAGAAGAGAUGUGAAGAAGCAAAAUGGUUUCAACAACUAUCUCUGGAAAAUUCUAUUAAGAAUAUGCAAAUUGUUUUACAUUCCUCGUAUCUAAAUUAGCAUGCUAUAUUGUUUUAAAAGAUUUAUGUGGGACAUCUAUUCAGCUUGGUCAUCACUGCUGAGUAUCCAAGUGGAGAAAUCAUCAUUUCUUUGAAACUAAAGAUAUGAGAAAGGAAACCUCAUUAAUACAUUCCUCAUGUUCAUAAGAUAAUAUGAUCUUAUUUAAAUCCUAACUUCCUUCUUGGUACAUAUUGCCAUAUGUCAUGUUGUUUUUCCUUUCUUUCUUAUUAGUUCCUUUUAAAAACAAUCACACAAUGUUUUGUGUAAUUUUCUCUGUUAUUUUGGGGAGGCUAGGUGGUGCAACGGAUAGAGUACUGGCCCUGGAAUCAGGAGGACCAGAGUUCAAAUCCAGCCUCAG